CAAGGAAACAACAUGUACUUUAUCUGAUUAUUAUUAUGCUUUAAAUUAAUAGCAUUUCUUUCGUAAAAAGAAUAAAUAUUGUUUCAAAGACUUGUUCGUUUUCCUUGUGCAUAACCCCAAUGAACCAUUGAGAGCACUUCAAAAAUAUCAAAACAUCUUGGAAAUUAUAAUCAUGAUCAGUCGAAUGAUGGCAAGUUUAACUGUAUUCAUCAUUUUAAUCAUAGCUGUGAUGGUCACCGGAAGAGAGUAUGAUGAUACUCGUGAUGCUGAAAUAGACGAACUUUUGAAAAAACUAAAUAAACCUGCUCUUAAAUCCAUCAAGAGCCCAGACGGAGAUAUCAUAGAUUGUGUUCACAUGAAGAAUCAUCCAAUUUAUGAUAAUCCUUUAUUCAAAAACCACACCAUUCAGAUGAGACCAAGUUCUUACCCAAAAGGAUGGAACAAAGAAGCUUCAAAAACCCAAAACCAUAGUAUGGUGAUGCAACUCUGGACAAUCAACGGAAAGUGUCCAAAAAAUAGUAUUCCGAUCAUAAGACCGAGAAGAGAAAACAUUUUACAAGCUGAAUCAGUAGAAAGAUACGGGAGAAAAGAUCCCAAUAGCCUCCCUCAACCAAAGCCAACCAAUCCACCAAGUAAUACUACAAAUGAGUAUGCCAUAGUUACCGUAAAUUCGCCACAAGGCAAAUUUCAUGGAGCCCAAGCGGAUAUAAAUGUGUGGAAGCCCCAUGUACAAACGCGAAGAGAAUUUAGCCUAGCACAAAUAUGGGUCAUGGGUGGCACUUAUCCUAGCCGCGACACCAUUGAAGCUGGUUGGCAGGUGUUCCAGCGAUUUUAUGGUGAUGACAAGCCUCGAUUUUUUAUUUAUUGGACGGCUGAUGAAUACAAAAAGACAGGCUGCUACGAUCUUAGAUGUCCAGGUUUUGUUCAUGUCAACAGAGAUUUUGUUAUAGGUGCACCUAUGCCUAAAGUUUCCGUCAUGGGUGGUCGACAAGCAUCAUUUCUCACAACUAUAUGGAAGGAUCCCCGCACAGGGAACUGGUGGUUGAGAUUGGGUUACUAUCAGAUUCUCGGGUACUGGCCUUCCUCAUUGUUCAGUAAUUUAAAGAAUGGUGCUUCAGAAAUUCAUUGGGGAGGUGAAAUAACAAACUACAAGGAGGAUUCACAACACACAUCAACGAAUAUGGGGAGUGGUCGUUUCGGAUAUGAGGGAUAUAAAAAGGCUAGUUAUUUCAUGAAUCUUGAGAUAGAAGAAGACGGUGUUACGAAACCUCCUGAAAGUCUUACUCCCUUUGUGACUAAUCAGAAUUGUUACAAUGUAAUCCGAAAUCCUUUCCAUCCUCAGUUGGGGGCUUCCUUUUAUUAUGGUGGUCCUGGUCGAAAUGCUAUGUGUAAAUGAUUUCAUAUAUAUGUUAUGAAAAUGAGAGCAUGUA